UUUCCUCCCCGAUCCGGUCCGUCCCUCCGGAUCGGAGCCUGCAAAAGUCCUGGCUCUCCGGGCAGGGAAGCAGCUAUCGGAGAACCCCGGGAGCCUGCCUGCUCCGUAGCCCGCCCCGGUUGCUUCCCCUCCGCCACUUCCGCGGCUGUACCUGCUGGGAGGCUGAAACUGACCAGAGCGCAGCCUGCGCGCGAAGGAACAGCGCUGGGUGAACCCGACCAGGACCCAACGGUCCAUCCCCAGAACGCUGCGGGCCUGGCUUGUUGCAACGUUCCAUCCCUAGAACGUGGAGGAAACUUUGUUCGCUGCUCUCCUUGCAACUUCACAUACUCCCUGGAAGUCCCUCUUGCUUCUGAUUUCUUGUUUUAUUUUUAUUUUAUUUGAAAAGAAAAGGCCCCUUCCCAAGCUGGGUGAACGUUUUCCCCUGUUUUUAUGCUAAGAAGGAGAAGGCUUGUAUUUAUUUAUUGACCUGUUUAAGAAUCCCAGGCAAUUUAACUGAGCUCAGAGAUGCCUCGGGCUUUCUUAGUGAAAAAAUCCUGUGUGUCUGUGGGCAAGAGGAACUGGAGUGAAUUGCCUGAUGAAGAGAGAGGAGAGAUCUAUGUACCAGUCUGCCUGGGGGGCUGUGCCCUGGGCAAGGACUUGGAGCCCUCGGUGGCCGAAGCCCCCUCGUAUCCGAUGCCCCUGGACCUGACCCUGCGAGAUCCAAGCUACACGGCUGCCCAGCUCCCUGGGGGGGUGCCCCCAGCUGGGCAGCACAAUGGAUUCCUGCGGCCCAAAAUGAAGGUGACGCUGGGCGAGGGGCCAAGCGAGCUGUUCUCCUGCCCCGUGUGCCAGAAGGGCUUCAGCUACCAGCGCAUGCUCAACCGGCACCUCAAGUGUCACAGCGAGGUCAAGCGCCACCUGUGCCCCUACUGCGGGAAGGGCUUCAACGACACCUUCGACCUCAAACGCCACGUCCGCACCCACACAGGCGUGCGCCCGUACAAGUGCCACCUGUGCGACAAGGCCUUCACGCAGCGCUGCUCGCUGGAGUCGCACCUGAAGAAGAUCCAUGGGGUGCAGCAGCGCUACGCCUACAAGGAACGGCGGGCCAAGCUCUACGUGUGUGAGGAGUGCGGCUGCACGGCCGACAGCCAGGAGAGCCACCUGCUCCAUCUGCGAGAGCAGCACCCCGACAGCCCCCUGCUGCGCAAGGCCUCGCGCAAGGCAGCUACCUCCCUGCAGAGUGCCCUCCCCACGCUGCUGCAGAGCAGCCCGCACCUGUGAGACGGAGCCCCCUGCAGGGCACCUGGUGCCCGGGAGACAGCGCCCCCUGCAGGGCACCCGGUGCCCAGGAGACAGCACCCCCUGCAGGGCACCCGGUGCCUGGACGAGAGCGCCUCCUGCAUAGCACCCGGUGCCCGGGAGACAGCGCCCCCUGCAGGGCACCCGGUGCCUGGGCGAGAGCGCCUCCUGCACAGCACCCAGUUCCUGGGAGACAGCGUCACCUGCAGGGCACCCUGUGCCUGGGCGACAGUGCCCCCUGGGGGCUGGCCAGGGCCCUAUCCAGCACUGAGCCCCUGGGAGACAGUGCCCCUGGUGGGCACCCAACACUGGGGCAAGACCAGUGACUGAGCUCUGCUGCCUGGAGACUGGACACCGCCUGCUCCCUCCCACCAGUGGCCUGGGACGAGGGCAGCACAUGGCAAAUGCUCCGAAGAAGCCCCCACCCCCUGUGGAGGAGAAGUCCCCAAUGCUCCCCCACCCCCGAGGGGCAGCCAGCUAUCCACAGGGCACUGACUUUGCACUGCUCCUUCCCCAAAGCCUUGGAGGAGAUGCGGGCAGCUCCCUUCUGUGGGCCGUGUGGGUGCCCCACACCCUCCCUGGGCUGGCACUGCCCAGGCCCCCAUAGGCUCUGCCCACAGGCUGGGCAGACAGGAUUUUUAACUAUUGUGCUUUUCUGAGGGGGCUGGGCAGCAGGAGUCA